AGCUUCUACAGUCUAUUCACCGAGAGUAAGUGAGAGUGCACAGGACACAAAAAGAGGAGAAGUAAAAUCUUACUCUCCUCCUCCCGGAUGAUCUCUUAACUUGUGAACCUGACAGGAAUAUAACAGAAGAGGACACAUUUUUUUCCUGAGCUGGGAUGAAUAUGGACCCCAAUUUUGUCAUCAACUACUAGAAGAAAACAAGAAUAAAGGAAAAGACUUAAAGGAAAGUAAUGAAAAUCACUAGAACAUUUUCAAAUAUCUAGAAUUAGUAAUAUUUGAAUUGAUUUUUAUAUCUACAGAGGGGAAAAAAGAAACUAGAAGCCAUACAUAUGUGGAGCAAAAGGGAUGCCGGAAUCUUAUUUCGGAAGACAAUAGCAAAACUCAGGAACCUGCACUGGAAGAAAAAAAGCUCAUUUGUGACAAGAAACAAGUUUUAAAACGGAUGAUUAAAAAUAAUCAUUAUUUCAAAGGAAAAGGAGAGCCAAUUAAAAGUUAGAUAUAGAGAGAAAGUGCUGACGACAAAUAAAGAGGAAAGCAACAAUAGAAAGUGAUCUGAAGAAAGUUCAAGGAUUACAGACCCAGAAGAAGGCGACUGGGACAAUGACACAUCCUCUCCUCAUCUUCAUCCUCCACUUGGCGGCGUUGAUGGCGGAAGGCGUGCCUCAGGCGCAGCUGGAGCGCUGGGUGCGCUCGGGCCUGCAGUCCCUGGAGUGGGACCGGCUGGACCGCUGCCUGCGUGCCUCCUCUCACUCGGAAACCGAGUGUCGGCGGUUCGCCCACUUGCCGCCCUCCGCCGUGGCCGUCUACACUUCUGAGCCGCAACCCGCCACUGCAGGUGCCGCCGACAAAGUGCUUGCCAUCCUCCCAGACUCUUACUCGUCCAGCGGGAUGAUCAGCUCCAAAUUUCGGAGUGCUUUUAGCAUGGGCCCAUUGGUGAACAAGAGGGAGAGCAGACACAGGUACCAACCUCCGGCUUUCCCUGCCUCCAUGAGCCAUGACGCCGUUCUGGUGCUGGACCCGAAUCCCGGCGAGAACUUUGGACACCCGGUUGCCCUCUUCUACGUGGACCUAAAUGUGACAAAGAAGAGAUGUGCCCACCUCGAUGGCAUUUACCUGGGAGAAGAGUGUCUGACUCAGGCCUUGAAAGGUCGCUGUCAGAACCAGCUGAAGCGUCGGCAAGCCGGGCCCGAGAGGCUUAUGGGACAUGGGCACGGCUGGCUGGUGGGCGGAGCUUCACGCAAAGAUACCUUUAGCAGUCCAGUCAGUGGACGGCUCUGUGAGGUCCACUUCCUUCCUUUGGUGGUCAGAGUCGGAGACAGCAACCGGACCCAGAGACUCAAAUGUGUAGAUCACACAGACUUUUCCAGGUGUCCUCAAUUGGUGCCCAUUGGAUCCCCAAGUUUGCCCAUCUCGAGCUGUGAGCUAAACAAAAACACCAGACGCUGCCACCAGCAGCCACUGGCCACUCACCUCUCCUGCCGCCUUUACCAGACCUGCGACCAUGCCGUGCUUAUCUCCGGUGGCUGGCGGCAACAGAUGACGUUCCAGCGACACGUGCAGAAUCUUCAGAGGUUCUACAGAAUGUUGCGGAUGAAUGGUUUUCACAAAGAUCACGUCAAGACCUUCUUUGCAAGCAGUGGGCACAUUCCAGAGGAGCUGGAGGGUGCUUACUCAGCCACGGAGAAGGCGGUGAUCCGUAACCACGUGUCCUAUGUCUGCAGGAAACAACACUGCGCCGACUCACUAGUGCUUUAUCUGAACUCACCCACGCGCAGUGAUGGGACCAUGCUCCUAUGGGACGCCAACCUCAACGGCAUUGCUGAUCUGAAGGAGCGCUACUCAGUCAACGAGCUGUUGACUGACCUGGCCGGCUGCAGGGCAACUCGUGUUUUGUUGUUCGUGGAUCAGAGCUACAGUGGCGUUCUUUCCAAAAGGCUGAGAGGCUCCCAGAAACAUCUCAAUGUGGUUUUGAUCCAGAAUCAAAAAUUGUUGAACCAAAACUACCAGAACCACAGGGUGGCUAUGAGCUGGGAGGACAGCAGCUGGGGUCAUCUUGGUCCCUCAACCUGCUUGCUGGAUUACUUGGAGAAGAGUGCGGGGGCUUCCCACCUGUUGGACCGGUGGGCCAACCUUUUGAACAUCACCCUGGCAGGAGCUCCAUGCAACGCCACACCUCCGCUAACGGAUAGCGAGAUGCGGCGGUGGUACCAGGGAUGCCAGAACCUGCCAACCGCGCUCUGGCACAGAAAGUACAGGGGGAUCAACUAAGAAAGGGGGGAACCCUAAGAGACUGACAGAGUGAGAGCGAGAGAAAGCGAAAGAGCGAGAGAAAGAGAGACCUCACACACAGAAAAUACAUGUUCGAGUUUAUCACAUGCAUGUGUAGAUGGACAGUAGAUGCAAUGUGCUUGUGUUUGAUGUGUGUUUGUGUGUCCGUGUAUGUAUGUAUAGUGUGUGUGGGUUUGUGUGCGUGUAUAAGUGUGUUUUCUGCCCUAACGCUGAACCUGGACUGCAACCAUGAUGAUGACAGCUCAUCCCAAGGGGGUGUCCUGAACCUGAACACCAUUUGUGUUGAUAUGUGUGUGGAGGUUCAGCAAAAGGACACACUUGGGUCAAAGUGUGUGUGUGUGGGUGUGUGUGUGUUAGUUCAACAUUUCACAACUGAUCACUUGUCUCCUACUUUGGUCAGCAUAGGAGUUUUUUUUGGUCAUUUCUUUGCUUCCUCUUUUCAUCCACCACCUACCAUCCUUUCUGUUUUCAAAUUAAUUUAUCCACUUAUCCUUUUACCAAAAGCUCCCCUUUAACUUAAUUGGCUGCACAUUGUUAUUGUUAUUUUGCUAAUAAUUGUUAUUUUGAUAAUAAGUUAACUCUCAAAACAGUUAUAUCUGCUAUUUGUAGUGGAUAAAAAUAUAGUUUAGUAUGGUAGUAGUAUAAUAAAUAAAGUAUAUAUACUUAGAAUAUGAUACCAUGUUUGCACAAGUAGUUGUUUGUAUUUUGAGACGAAUGCUGGAAGACCUCUAUUACAAAAAACUGCGGCAACUGGGGAAUUCCCUACGCACAUCGAUGUGACCCGAAAAAAAAACCCCAGCUGGGAUAGGCUCCAGCUCACCUAAAGAUAAAAAUAGAAAUUGAAAAUCUGUAAAUGGUUGGAUGAAUUUUUCUCCAGAACCCCCCAGUAGAAAAAAAACAACGAUGAGACCAAAAUAAAACAUCAUUUGCGUAUCUUAACAUCCCAGAAUGAUAUCAGAUUUGAAAACAUAGAGAUGUUUUUCUGUGCCCCGAAUAAAGCAAGAAGAGCAAGGGACGCUAAGGACACGGAAGGAGAAGCUGAGAUUGGCCUGCGAUGAUCAUGAUUAAAAGAUGAAGCACUGAGACUGCCCUCACUGCUACACCGGCUGGCCAUGGCUUUUUAAUAAGGGCACCACUCCUGUGUGCAUACAUGUGUGCGAGUGUGUGUGUGUGUGUGUGUGAAUGGUGAAUCACACACUCUGGCAAGAACUCAUUACUGAUAAUGUGUUGUCUACUUUUUAAUUGUUUUUGUCCUGUCCCUGACUUGACCUCUAUUUUCGUCAACCUCCAACUAACAAUGUACACUACAUAGACAAAAGUGAUGUGACACAUUUGAAUUUAUAAGAAAUGAAAAUUCUUCUUAUAUAAUCAUCCUUUGGAAAGGAUUCUGGCGUCUCAAUGGAAUUGUUUUUUCUUCAUCUUAUUUAACUGAUUAAAAGGUGUGUCUGAUUUUUUUUGUUUAAAGAAAAAAUGUAUGACAGUUGUUUUGCAUUGAUGUUUGUUCACACAAUGUUCAAGAUAGAAACUGAGGAAAACAUUCCCAAAUGUGUGGAUUGACAGAAUGGACCAACCACCAAGAUUGUAUCCAAAAAGUAGCUGUGUGUUCAAAUCACAAGUUUUGUGUACAGAUUAUAAAAUGACAAUUAAGAAGAAAUGUUUCUAGUGGCAUGCAGUAUUUCACAGAAUCUAGUCAAUAAAGCUCUUAUAGAAACGUGA